GUCUCCACGCCCAAACCUUUGUGUCACUACUCUUGCCCGUUCUCUAACCACCGUCACUAUCACUUACUAACCGUGUUGGACGCUUGCCAUUCGGCCGCGACGUCCGACAGCCGUAAACACUCGAACUCGCGCCGUCUCCGUCUCCGCAUCCUCACUCCGCCACACAUUCGCAUGGAACGGAAGUGCCGGAAGCGCCAUCGCCCGACGUGAAACGCAAGCAACGACGCAGUGACCAAUGUCGGACAUGCCCGCCGUCGUCGACGGCAACGGCAGCGACGACGACGGCAGCCUCAACAAGCGACGUUCCGUCAUCUGCACGGUCGUCUAUCCGUAUGUCGCGUGCGAGGGCGACGAGUUGACGCUCAAAGUCGGGCAGCACAUCGAGGUGAUCUCGACCGAGGAGAACGUGAGCGGCGACGUCGGCUGGUGGACAGGCAAGACGUGCGACCAGAGUCAAGACAUUGGCGUCUUUCCGUCUGGUUUUGUCACUCCCGGCUCUCUCGAAUCCGUUUCGAAUUCGAACGAAUCGACGACGUUACCGAGUCACAUCGCGGAGAUCGAUUUCGACGAUUUGGAUUUAAAGCAGGUGAUCGGCGUUGGCGGAUUUAGUAAGGUGCAUCAUGCUGUGUAUAAGGGUGAGGACGUGGCCGUCAAGGCGGCGAGAUAUGGUGGUACCGGUGAUGUGGAGGACGGAGUGAGUCCGCUCAAGGGUAUACUGCAAGAAGCGAAUCUAUUUGGCAUCCUCUCGCAUCCGAAUAUCAUCGCGCUGCGAGGCGUGUGCGUGCAGCCGCCCAACUAUUGUCUUGUGAUGGAGUUUGCGCGAGGAGGGACGAUGAGUUCGGCCAUUUCGCGGAUAGAGUCGCUGCCGCCGUGUGUGCUCGUCGACUGGGCGUUGCAGAUUGCGAGAGGCAUGGAUUAUCUACACAACAAGGCGUCUCUGCCUAUCAUUCAUCGAGACCUCAAGUCGAAUAACGUUCUUCUUCUUGAGAAACUCAAUGAAGACGCGCCCGGUGACAACACACUGAAGAUAACCGAUUUGGGUCUGGCCCGUCAGAUACACCGAACGACCCGGAUGAGUGUGGCUGGAACCUACGCCUGGAUGGCACCGGAAGUCAUUAAGGACUCAGUUUUUUCACAUGGUAGCGAUGUGUGGAGUUAUGGUGUUGUUCUUUGGGAGUUACUCACCUGCGAGGUGCCCUACAGAGGCGUGGAAGACUUGGCAGUGGCCUAUGGUGUUGCAGUGAACAAACUCACGCUUCCCAUCCCCAAGACAUGUCCACCACCGUUCACGAAUCUUCUCGAAUCAUGUUGGAAUCCUGUGGCUCAAUCCCGGCCAGGAUUUAGAGAAAUCGUCGAGAUGCUAGAAGACAUCGCCACAUCACCGUUUGUCUCCACCGAGCACGAGUCCUUUCAAUCUCUACAGCGUGAUUGGCGCUUCGAAAUCGAAGACAUAUUUCAGCAGCUGAGAGAGAAAGAGAGCGAGCUUGUCAAUCGUGAAGCGACGGUCGAGAGGCUGCAACAAGAGCAGGACGAAAUCAAGCAGGAACUCAUACUGAGAGAACGGGAAUUGGCGAUGCGCGAAUACGAUCUCAUCAAGCGCGAAAUGCUGUUGUUAAAUCCGCCUUACCAACCGGCGCCGAGGAAAAAGAAAGUGAAAGGCAGAAAGAGAGUCACGGCCAAAGACAUCAGUGAACCAAUCGAUUUUGUGCACCAGAUGCACAUCGCACCGUCUCCCGAAGAUCUGAAAAGUGAGAGAAAGUUGGCGCAAAGUGAGAGAAAGUCGGCGCAAAGUGAGAGAAAGUCGUCGCAUCCGACGUCUCAUCCGCCAACACCUCCACUGCCGCGAAAGGAUUCAGAAACUCGCGAGAUUCGGAUAUCAACCAGUGCGUUGAAGCCGCCAAACUCGAGUCCAACGACAGAUCGACGUCCUUCGCCACUUAGAGAAAUCAGGAGACGGAGUAGUACGGACAUUCUGUCGUCGCCGUCUGGUGAGCAGACGUCCGUGCGAAUCCGUACUCAGUCUGAGGUUGUUUCGUCGGACAGUAGCAAGUCUGUGGAGUCGUCGCCGAGACAUUCGGCGUUCCGAAGGAUGCCCACACGGCUGCAGAGGUGUGAGGAGAAAGGCUUUUCGGAACCCGAACUCGAUGACGCCGCCCGGUCGUCGACAAACGAGCCAUUGGUGAAAGACGGUUCGCGUCCUCACUGGAUGACUCACAGAAGAGGCAGGUCCAGUGGCGCCGUACAUCAGUUGACUGGCGAUCAUGUGGCAAACGAUGGACUCCCUCUUAUCCGGUCUCCUAAAGCCGGUUCCCCUCAACAGAAUGUCAAGUCGCCGUCCGAGUGUAUCCCAGAGACUGUGUGCCGGAAUUCAUUUCGGAGACCUAGCGAUGCGGUCGUGGCAAUUCCGAGUCCUCUUCACAUCGAUUUGCACACGGGUCUGAGAAAUCAUAGGAAAUCUGCGUCUGCGCUGCCACCGGGAAUUCUGCCAUCUCCGGCUGUCGUUGCUCCUUCUGCUGUAAUCGGCCGAGCACAAGUCGGUGUAAUGAACGGCAUCACGUCAGGAGUGACUUCGGCUGUUGCGACACCUCCUCUCUCUCCGCUACCACGAGAGAACAGCCUGUCGAGUUUCUCUCCCGUCGUGUCCACGAAGCAGUUGAACAUUCCGCAGAUUCCGUCGCCAUGUCCGAGUCCCGUGCACAUGGAUGCUCGUCGUCAUCUAGACUUGUCAUGUAUAGCAAGACCUCGCCCUCGUCCAAAGUCAAUCGGCCGCGGUAGACUGGCACUGUCUCCCUGUCCAAGCCCCACACCGCUUAGUCGCGUCGCUGAUGCGUUUCUAGAUCAUCAUGGUAGUGACCCAAUUUUGUAUAAUAAUAAUACUGCCAGUUCUGCUAGUUCGCCAGUUCUCUCGCCACCUCAGACCGUCGGUGUGGGGAGCGAUGGACCAUCUCCAAUGGGACAGCAAUGUUCACAGUCAAGUUCGUCGGCAUCUUCUCCAACCAACUCUCGAAUAGUUCAUCAGACUAGCCUUCUCGACGAACCGUUUGAGAGCAACGACCCGAAAGAGCCACUGCAGCCGCUACAUGUUUGGCAGAGAAACCAGAUGCGGUCCGUUGCGGAUUUGGAGAGAGAAUUCGGAUCGUUCAAGGGUAACAACCAGAUAUGGUCAGAUUUGGAGAAAGAGUUUGGAUCAUUGAACAGUUAGUAGGAAGAUAUCUUGAAUUGGUGUCGUCGUCUACACGUCAUAGAGAUCAAAGAUGGAAAAGUACUUGCCAAAGCCUGGUAACUUAUCUGUGUAGUAUGUAAAAAGAUGUUUAGUAAAAAGAUUUAUCAAUGCUAUGUGAUCUGAUGACACUCGAAUGUUUCUAACACUCUACAGUUUGCUGCUCA